GUGUGGCGCUCUAAAAAAAAGUGGUACCACUUCACGAGUUCACAUGACCAGUUGAAGAUCGCGGGGCUCGAUUUGUGCUGAGAUUUCAGCGACGAAAAUUAAGCAAGACCAGCACAACCCCACCCUCUCUUGCUUUGCAAAUUCCAACCCCAGCUGUGAGUCUCUCUCUCUGUCUCUGUCUAUUUAUUUGCACCAACCGUCGUCACCAAACACUCCAGAAGACCCCCCUUCUCUUUCUUCAAGGCGUGAUCUUUCCCGUCAUUCGUCGCGGAGAUCACCGUAUUUUCUAGCCUUUUUCUGCGGGUUUCUUUCUUGGGUCUCGCUCCUUCGGCGUAGCAGAGUGUGAAGAUCUCCGGGUCUUCGAGCUCUGCGUCAGUCAGCGAUCCCACGAUUAUAAAAACCCAGUCUUGACGCCCGAAAACCAGAGUUUCUUGAUCCUCGAGAGACGAGAAGUCCCAAGACCCAUCUCCGAUCUGCUCUUCCUCUGGGCUUAUUUGUUCGUUUGAGGGCACCCCAGAGACCCAAGUUUGUAUCUUGGCUUGAAGAUGAUUUGUUCGGUGAGGCAGUCUUUAAGCCCAGUUAUUGGCUCCGAGGCUUUUCUCGGCAAGAAGCGCGUCUUUCCCUCGAGCAGAUCCUCCCUCCUGCCGCCCCUGCGAACCCAGAAGUCCUCACGCGCCGUCGUCUCGCUCUCUCGACCGCUUCACGUAGCGUCGGUCGAGGCCUUCGGAUCGUCGCCGAGGAAGCAAGAGAAGGACUUGAUAAAAUGCGAGGCGUACGAGGCGGACCAGUCGAAGCCGGUCGAGGCAGCGGCCGGAUCGGGGGUGGCGCAGAAGGCCAAGAUCGGGGUUUACUUCGCGACGUGGUGGGCUUUGAACGUGGUGUUCAAUAUCUACAACAAGAAGGUGCUGAAUGCUUUCCCCUACCCUUGGUUGACCUCCACGCUCUCGCUUGCAUGUGGGUCUCUCAUGAUGUUGAUCUCCUGGGGCAUGAGGAUCGCCGAGACUCCGAAGACUGAUUUCGAGUUCUGGAAGACUUUGUUUCCUGUUGCUCUGGCACAUACAAUUGGGCAUGUUGCAGCAACUGUGAGCAUGUCAAAGGUUGCAGUGUCGUUCACCCACAUCAUCAAGAGUGGCGAGCCUGCGUUUAGUGUGUUGGUCUCAAGGCUCCUCUUGGGCGAAACAUUUCCAGUGUCUGUUUAUUUGUCCCUCCUGCCAAUUAUUGGUGGUUGCGCCCUCGCUGCCGUGACUGAGCUCAACUUUAACAUGACUGGUUUCAUGGGGGCUAUGAUAUCAAAUUUAGCCUUUGUCUUCCGAAACAUAUUUUCAAAGAAAGGAAUGAAGGGCAAGUCUGUUAGGGGAAUGAAUUACUAUGCGUGCCUGUCGAUGCUGUCUCUCCUAAUUCUCACUCCAUUUGCCAUUGCUGUGGAGGGACCACAGAUGUGGGCAGUAGGUUGGCAGAAGGCCCUCGCAGACAUUGGACCCAAUUUCGUCUGGUGGGUGGCAGCACAAAGUGUGUUCUACCAUCUCUACAACCAGGUGUCAUACAUGUCCUUGGAUGAGAUCUCGCCCUUGACGUUUAGCAUCGGUAACACUAUGAAACGUAUAUCUGUGAUCGUCUCCUCCAUCAUCAUCUUCCACACCCCCGUUCAGCCCGUCAACGCCCUUGGAGCUGCCAUCGCCGUUUUUGGAACCUUCCUGUAUUCACAGGCGAAGCAGUAAGCUGGCAUUGAGCACCGGCCUCGGGUUUUACGAGAUCGAUGACGGGUUGGUGGGGCUUUUCGCGCUAGCUCGAAGUUUAGGUGAAGCCGGUUUUCGGGAGCCAUUGGAAUUGGGAUCAAGCUGUGGAUUAUGGGCAGUGGUGUUCUGUAUAGUACAAUAAGAAGGACCAAAUACAUAAACAGCUGCGAGAGUUUUUUAAUGUUAUACGAGGGGGUGGGUUCAUUAGGGACUUCGGUUUUUUCUCCUAUUGUCUUUUAUAUCCAAUCCUUUUUUCUUUUUUGCUUAUUGAAAUGCUUUGCGGGAGAGAUUUCCAAGAAUAACGGGCAAUUUUUAUAAAGUGGGGGAAGAACAGGACCCUCUUUUGAACGAUGAA